AUGGGUCACAGCAGUACUUCCAUCCAACUUGUCUUACUAAUUACACUGUCAGGAAUGUUAUCCCCUAAAACCAUUCAACUUGGGUUCUGUAGUGCUGAUCAUAAUGUGGGAUGCAUAGAUAUAGAGAGGAAAGCCCUUCUCAAGCUCAAACAAGGCCUCACAGAUCCUUCCGACCGGCUUUCGUCUUGGGUGGGAGAAGAUUGCUGCAAAUGGAGUGGUGUAGGCUGCAACAACAUAAGUGGACACAUCAACAGGCUCGAUCUUCGCAAUCACUAUUCAAAUGGGUUGGAUGGUGACGGAGCAGCAGAGCAUGCAUUUGCAUUUGGUGGUGAGAUCAACCCUUCUUUGCUUGUUUUGAAAGAUUUGGUUUACUUGGAUUUGAGCAUGAAUGACUUUGGAGGUGGCCAACUUCCAAGUUUCAUUGGAUCACUAGAGAAACUGAAAUACCUCAAUCUCUCGGGUGCAUCUUUUGGUGGAAUAAUUCCCCACAAUCUUGGAAACCUCUCAAGGUUGCUUUAUCUUGAUAUUAGUAAUGACCCACUUGAGACUGACCUUCAGUGGCUUGCAACGCUUUUUUCCUUAAAGUACCUUAACUUGGAAGGAGUGAACCUUGCCAUGGCUACAUCCUAUUGGCUUCCCACUGUUAAUAUGCUUCCUUCACUUGUUGAAUUGCAUUUGCCCUUUUGUAGACUUUCCAUCCUUCCUCUCACUCUUCCUUCUAUCAAUUUCACAUCCCUUUUCGUUCUUGAUCUCUCCAACAACGAUUUCAACUCCAUGAUACCUCCUUGGUUGUUCAAUAUCACUGAACUAGAGAUGUUGGAUUUGACAGUUAACAAUCUGACAGGAAAACUGCCUGAUUCUUUGGGAUAUCUUAAAAGCUUGAGAUACCUCCACUUGUCGGAUAACUCAUUUCAGGGUUCAAUCCCAAAAUCAAUUGGAAACUUGACAUCUUUGGAGGAGUUUUAUCUUGGAUGGAAUCAAAUGAGUGGGAUCAUCCCAGAAAGUCUUUGGGGGCUCUCAUCGCUGGUUUCACUUGAUAUUUAUGGCAACACAUGGGAAGGUCCCAUUACAGAAGCUCAUUUUGCGAAGCUUGGACGCCUGAGAAAAGUAUCAAUUGGAAAUAAUUCCCCAAACAUUUCCUUGGUUUUCAACAUAAGUUCUGAUUGGAUACCUCCUUUCAAAUUAAGAUUCUUGUACAUUAGAUCAUGCCAACUGGGUCCCAAAUUUCCUACGUGGCUUAGAAAUCAGACUGAAUUGACCAAGGUGGUACUCCGUAAUGCUAGGAUUUCAGACACCAUACCAGAUUGGUUUUGGCAGUUGGAUUUGCAAUUAGAUCUUCUAGAUGUUGCUUAUAAUCAACUAAGUGGCAGGGUGCCCAGUUCAUUAAGAUUCAGCUAUUCUUCCAUGGUUGAUUUGACUUCAAACAGAUUUGAAGGCCCACUCCCACUCUUUUCCUCAAACAUUACUUGGCUAUAUCUUAGAGAUAAUCUAUUUUCAGGGCCAAUUCCUCAUAACAUUGGUCAAGUGAUGCCCAAUUUGACAUAUCUAGACAUUUCUAGGAACUCUUUGAGUGGAAGCAUUCCCCUGUCCUUUGGUAAUUUAAGCCAAUUAGAAUUCAUGUUUAUCUCAAAUAACCACUUGUCUGGUGAGAUUCCUCAUUUUUGGAACAAUGUACCAUUAUUGUUUAUUGUAGACAUGUCAGACAACAGUCUCUCUGGUACAAUCCCAAGAUCCUUAGGCUCUCUUACUUUCCUCAUGUUUUUGAUCCUCUCUAGCAACAACUUUUCAGGUGAAGUCCCUUCCUUUAAAAACUGCACUUUCCUGACUAUUCUUGAUCUUGGUGAUAACAAGUUUUCUGGACCGAUUCUGGCUUCCAUUGGAGAAAGCAUGCCCUUUUUACAGAUUCUAAGCUUUAGGUCCAACUCAUUUACUGGAAGCAUCCCUUUAAAAUUAUGUGGCCUUCCUGCUCUCCAUAUAUUGGACCUCUCACACAACAAUCUUUCCGGAAAUAUUCCCCACUGCAUUGGUAAUUUGAGAGGCUUGAAAUCUGAUUACACAUAUGAAGGACGGUUACCAAGGAACAUUGGAGGUGGUGUCAAAAGGAAGAGUGCUUGUAUAUGA